AUGUCUAAUAUAAAUGAAAAUGAAGAACUUGAUUUUAUCUAUGAAAUUCGUGUUCAAUUUGAUAGUCAAGGUAGUCAAAGUGUAACACGUAUGGUUGAAAUAAAAAAUGUUGGAACAAUAGUUUUUUAUUAUGAAUGGCAACAAAAACCAUAUACAAAACUAUUUGAUAUUGUUUAUUCAAAAAUUCAAUGUUUCUAUUUUGAUAAUCAUAUAAGUUCAAUCUUACCAAGGGAUACUCUCAAACUUUCAUUUGUAUUUAAAUCAAGUGAACCAGAAAUAUUCACUGAACAUUGGCAAUUAUUAACACGUUCUGUUCUUUGUGGUGGUCGACCAAUUAUAUUUACAUUACAUGAUGUAACAACUGAAGAAGAUGUUCAUCGACAAACACGUAUUAAUAUCGAAAAAACAAAAGAAUAUUAUUGUUAUGAUAUUAUGAAUCAAUUUAUCGAUUCAUUUGUUGAUCAAAUGAAUAUUAUUUAUCAAAAACUUCAAAUUGACGAACCAUCAAAUGAAUCUUACCCAGAUAUUGAUUUAAAUGAAAAAAAUAUUAUUAGUGCGGCUAGUGAUACAACUAAAGAUAAGAAGGAACCACCACCUUCAAAAUUAGAAAGAGGAAAAGUUAGUAUUUUUUUAAUAUUUAUUAGAAAAUAA